CUGACCUACCACUCCAUCCUCUCGUCGUUACUCCGCUCCUGUCCUGACUUGAUACCAAACUGCCCCUUUGACUGGGUGGGCAGCAUCUUUCAUACCAAACGACAAAAGGUGGAACUGAACAAAGAGGAGCCUGUUUACAGCGUGCGUUACCUCGGCAGCGUGGUCACCAUCACAGCAAAGGGAGAUGGUUGCACGCAGGAGGCAGUGGCCAAAAUCUGGGCGCGGAGCAACUACGGAGAACAAAGUGUGAAGAUGAGGUUAACGGUGGGGUCACAAGGCAUCCGAAUGAGCGCGGACAAAUCUGGGAAAAAGAAACCCAUCCAUUUGUACUCUCUGAACAGAAUCACCUACUGUGCAGCUGACCUCUGCCGGCCCAAAAUCCUGGCUUGGAUCUACAGACACCAGGUCAAGAACAUGGCCGUGGUGCUGCGGUGUCACGCCGUCCUGGUCGGCAAGUCGGAGAAGGCUCGAGCCAUUGCCCUCAGUCUGUACCAGAACGCCACCUCUGCCUUCAGUGAGUUUAAGRGGCUGAAGCGUCAGAGUGACUUCCGGCACUGCCAGCAGCAGCUGAUGGGUGAUGAAGCGGUGCCCCUGAUGCCACUGAGGAGGCUGCUGAACGGGCAGUGCCACUACAAACCGCCCGCUGAAAACCCCGGCAGCGCCACCCGACUGUGCUCCAUCACAGAGGAGGAGGAGGAGGAGGAGGAGGACAUCAGGGAUAGGAUUGAGGAGGAGGAAGAUGCUGUUAAGCUGCAGGACAAACAGCGGGUUUUGACAACAAACACAGACCCAACUCAGUUACUCUCCGAGCUGGACAUUGGGGAUAUUGCCCAACUGGAGCAGUGCCAAAUCAACUUCAUCAGCGACAGCAACAACAACAUGUUUACCUUUAUAACCUCUCUGGUGUGACGGAGGGYAAAUGGCCUCUUUCCAAACAGUAACACAUUCCUCUGUUUGCCCUCCUCUCAGGCUCCCCCAUCCCAUUCCAUAAUGUGAAGUGUUUACCAGAAACUUCCCCCUCCUCCGAGCGGUGCAGAAAAGACAGAUGGUCCUUCAGUGGAAGGAAGCGCUUUUCUUACAAAGAGUGCCGGUGAUGCACAGAACAGCGACAGCACAAUGACGAGUGAGGACAUCAGCGCUGACAUGUACCUCACAGACUGAUCCCAGCAGGAUGGGCUUACGGCCCAUUGCUCUUGUUUUCAGUGAAUAACAUGAAAGCUGUGUUUGCCAGCAGGGACUUAUUUUUGAAUCAACUUGUGAUUGUUUUUCAGGAAGGUUCUUUGUAAAUUUGUAUAUUUUUUACAAUCUGACAAUCAGUGAAAAAUCAGCAAAGACUGUGCUUUCUGAGAGCUCACAGCCGUGAGAUGUUUAUUCUGGUUCUAAUGAUCCGAGCCAACUAAAAAAAGGCUAUAAUUUAGGAGGUAAGCCAUUGUGGUUGUUUGUUARAGUCCUUACUUCUGCAUGCCCACCAACAACCUGUGCUUUUUUCUUCUGACAUUUUAGAUCCUUCAGCUUUUAUUAGAAACACUGUGAUAAAUGUCUGAGCAGGGAAAAAUACACAACUGUUUAUGAAGCACCUUUUGCAUUUUUUAAAAUAAAACUGUCAUUUUUCGUUUGAGUCAUGUUUGCRACGUUGCACCCCUUUUAGCCAAGUUUUUCUAGGAGCACUUGCAAAAAUGCCAAUAAAACCCUCCAGCUUUCUUAUCUGCGCUUCUUGUAUGUUACUGUUUCCAGAUGCAAUGUGUUUGCUAUAAGAUGAAGCUAUUAUUUUCUAAAUAUGAAUAAUAAAAGUUGCACUCACUUGGUU